GUUUUGUUUGAAUGAGUUAUCAUCAGUUAAAUUAAUGAAUUGAUAACUUUAGAUUUGUUUAUUUAUUCAUUGAUCACAAUCAACGUCAUAAAUGAUGAAUAAUAGCAUUCAGAAGUCAUUAUUAAGCACUGAUGAUGUACAGUUACCUUCAGUUAUAUCGGAAUCAUCAUGGACAAAUCAAGUGGAUUCACCGGCAACGGCAACAACAAUAACAACGAUGAUGACGACAACAACGGUAACAAGAACAUCAACAACAACAACCACCACAACAUCACCAUCAUCAUCAGCUUCAUCUACAUCCUGUAGUGAUUAUCAUUUUGAUGGACCGCAUCAUUUACAUUUGUUAUUUCGAUAUCCUCAUAAAUGUUUGAGUAAAUUUCAGAAAAACAAAUCGAAAUUUCAAUUGAGCCAAGAAUCAGGUAUAAAGUACCAUCAAACACAAUCAAGAAAUCAUGAUCUACGCAUAAAACUUGAACGUGAAUUACGUCAAAAAGUACGUCAAGCUGUACAAACUCCACCACGUGAACGUAUGAUUCGUAGACGUUUAAUUGAAUUUGAACAUGCAAUACACAAACGUUUAGAAAAUGAUGAAGAGAAAAAGAAACUUGUCAUACAAAUGAAUGAUUUAUUAAGUUUAAAAGUAACCAGUUCAACUGAAUCAACUACUAAUAGUUUGAAUGAAAUAAAUAGCAUGGAUUUACGUUUGCAUCCAGAAUCAUAUCAUCAAAAUUUAGAUUGGUCUAAAAAAUCCAACACGAAAAUGAAUAAUGAUCAAAAAACUAUAUUAUGGAAUAAAAGAAGUGGAUUAUUAUUGGAGAAAAAAGAAAAGAAAUGUUUAAAAUUUACAUUAACUACAAAAGAUGAUCAUGAAACUAGUAGCAAUGAGUAUCAAGCUUCUGUAGAUAGUAAUGAAAUAGAUAUGAUGAAUGAAAAUACAUUUGAAAGAAGCAAAUCACCAUUAUAUUUAAACAAUAAUUUUAACAGUGCAUGCUUUCAAAAACAUCAUUUAUCUACUGAACAAAAAGCGCGUACAAACAACAACAACAAUCACAAUCUAUUUGACAAUGAUCAGUGUAUGCAUUCAACAAUACCCAAUACUAAUACCGCCUAUUCACAAUUUAUGUUAAAUAAAUUUCAAAAUUUUAAAAAUACCAUUGUUAAUAUGAAACGACCAUUGAUCAAUUCAAUUGUGAAUACAACAAUUGCUGCUAAUAAUUUAGAAUAUAAUGAAUAUGAUCAAUUGUUAAAUGAUUCUUUUACAUUCAAUUGGAACAUUGAACACAAUUCGUAUGACAAUCAAACAACUGAACAUGAUUAUGAAGAUGAUGAUGUUGAUGAUAAUGAUGAUGAUAAUAAUAAUGAUGAUGACAUGGAUAAACGUAUUACUAGUCAAUUAAGUAAAUAUUAUCAAAUGACACAAAGUUAUUUAACCGAUGAAGAUGUACAACUGAUACAUAGAUAUUAUAAAUUAUAUCAAACUAAAUUAAAAUUGACUAAAAUGAAUAGAAAAACUCGAAAUGAUCAUUUAUUAUUUACACGUCAGUCUAUUAUGGAGAAAUUUGGACGAUUGACUGAUGGUGAAAAACAGUUGUUCUACUUUAGUGCAACUAGAGCAGCCUAUUUAAUGGCUUCAACUCAAUCUCAUCACAAAUUACCUGAUGGUACACAUUUUCGUUUGAUCAGUUCGAAAAAUGCUCAACCAUUGGAUUAUGUGACGAUCAAUAAUUCAUUUAUUGACAAUAAUUUGUGCGAUCCUACAAAAGAAGUUACAAAUCAGAGUGAAAUAUCAAUGCCUACAAAUAUUCCCAUAAAUUUCAAUCAUAUUACUGAACAGACAAAAAAAUGUUCACCAUAUACACUUCCUACAUUUAUUGAUUGGAAUGCAGUUGUUCGAGAUAGACAUGGACCAUUUUGGCCACAAAAUUAUGGACCUAUUUGUCAAACACAAUGUAAUUUACAUAGAGGAGCAAAUAAUCAAAAUGACCGUGAUAGUAACAUUAAUAAACCAAUCAUUCCUAAUUAUACAGAAGAAAUUAAUCAACUUAAAAAUAAACAACCUCAAUUCAAAGGAAUACGAGUUGUUUUCGAUUCAGAAUGUAGUCCUUGUUUAUCAGAAACUUUGAGUUCCUCAUCAUCAACAACAUCUUGUUCCGUAGAUAUACAACAAUUAGUCAAAGAUUUAGCCAACACACAACAAUGGACUCCACCAUGUCUGAUGUUUGAAUCAAGAUUUGAAUCAGGAAAUCUACGGCAAGUUAGACGAAUAGGUCCAUUUCAUUAUGAAUUAUUAUUGAAACCGGAUUUAUAUACAAAACGUCAUGUACAAUGGUAUUUUUUUCGUGUACAAAAUAUACUACCUGGUUUUACUUAUACAUUUGUAAUUGUAAAUUUUACAAAACCAACAAGUUUAUAUUCUGAAGGUUUACAACCUUUGUUGUAUUCAAAAAUUGAUUUUCAACAAAAUGGUAAGAAAUGGAUACGUGUUGGAAGAAAUAUCAAAUAUACACGUAAUACAACAAAUUUAUCCAAUCAUUUACUUGACAUAAAUGGAGAAUAUUAUCAAUUGGAAUGGGAAAUGGAAUUUCCUUAUGCUAAUGAUAUUUGUCAUUUGGCCUAUUCAUAUCCAUACACAUAUACAAAUUUAAAAUCUGAUUUGAACGAAUUACUUAUCAAAGUAAAACAAAACGACGUAUUAAAUAAAACAAUGAAUUGUGAAGUAUUAUGUCAAACUAGAGCUGGUAAUUCAUGUUUUCUAGUGACUAUAACUGAUCAAGACAUACCGAAUAAAGAUAAAUUUGCAGUUGUAAUCACUGCACGUGUACAUCCUGGUGAAACAAAUUCCAGUUGGAUAACUCUUGGAUUAUUACAAUUUUUAACAAGCAAUCAAACAAUUCCAGUCGCAUUGAAAAAACAAUAUGUUUUCUAUAUUAUUCCAAUGUUGAAUCCUGACGGUGUAAUUGUCGGGAACUAUCGAUGUUCAUUGUCAGGUAGAGAUUUAAAUCGUAAUUAUCGUCAACCGAAAAAAGAAAUAUUUCCAACUGUAUGGACAGUGAAACAAUUUGUAAAAUGGUGUAAACAGAUUUAUAAAGAUGUUAUUUAUUUCGAUAUGCAUGGACAUAGUCGACGAAAUAAUAUAUUCAUGUAUGGUUGUGAUCCAUUAUACAGACAAUCGAAAUUAUUCAAUAAUAAUAAUAAUAAUAAUAAUAAUACUAAGCAAACAUUACAUGAAAGAAUACUUCCAUAUAUAGUAUCUCAACAAGCGAAAAUGUAUUUUUCAUUUCCGUUUUGUCGAUUCAAUGUACAUCCAAGUAAAGAAGCUACAAGCAGAGUGGUAUUCUGGCGUGAAUUUGAAUUAAUUAAUAGUUUCACUUUAGAAGCAACAUUUAAUGGUUCAACUUUACAAAAUAAUAAUUAUCUAAUGAAAUUUGAAGUGGAUGAUUUUUUGAAAAUGGGUGAAAUGUUAGGCUAUUCAUUGUAUAAAUUUCAUGAAGUCUUAUCUAAUCCAUUAGUACUUAGACAAACUCUAACAAAUUUAGCAAAACAAACAUUUACCAAUCUUUUGAUGACAAAAAUUCCAUGGACACCUUCGAAUAAAAUCGUUGAAGAGGAUAAAGAUAAUCAAUCAAUCUUCAGUAAAAUAACCCGUGCUUUCCUAUCAACCGAUUUACGAUUAAAAGAUUUUAUCAAACAACAUUUACAUUCUGCUAAUGAGACAUUGUUUACAUCGACCAAUGAUAGUUCAACAGCAUCAGAAAAUGCAUCGAUUUCAUUGAACGGUGUCGAUUGCACUGCUUCUGCUGACGAUGAUGACGAGAACGAUGACGAGGAUGAGGAUGAUGAUCAGAAUGAUGUUGAUAGAAUGGAUAGUUCACUGGAACAACUAUCUAAUGCAAUUCAUUUGUUAGAAAACUCAACAGAAUUUCCGGGUAUUCAGUUGAAUGAAGAUGAAUUAAAUUCUACAAAAGAUGAAGAUUUGAAUUGUACAUCAGAUUCAAAUUCAGACAGUGAACCAGAAAUGUCAAUAACUAUUCAAAACUCUCUAAAUCAACAUCAUAGUUUACGAGGUGAUGAUAUAAUUUUCACCAAUGAAGAACAAAAUAUCCUCCUAUUAGAUCAAACAAAACAAUUAAAAUUAUCUGAUGACAAUCCAAAUGACAAUUUAAACAAAUCACAUAAAUUGAAAAGAAGAAAGAAGAACAAAAAGAAGAAGUUACAAGCACUUCGUCAUCAUCAUCAUCAUCGCAUUUUUCCAAUGCAAAAAUAUUCAUCUAAGAAUUUGGCAUCAAUUGAUAAUCAAACUACUUACAAUUCCAUACAAAAUUCAAAAUUAUUAUCAUCCUCCUCAUCCUCAUCAUCACCACCAGCAUGCCUAGCAGUAGUAGAUGAACAAAGAGAUUGUGAUAAUAAAUUAUUCAAGUGUGAGAUGAUGAAACAAAAAUCUCAGAAUGAUAAAGAAUUAUUGAAUCGAAGAUUUUAUUAUCUGAAUAAAUAUGCUGGACAAUCAAAUCAUGGUAUACCAUGUUUUGUUGAAGAAAGACUAUUUCAUCGUUCAUGUCAGCGAAUUCGUACAGUUUGGGAAAAUACCGAUCUAACUAAAUCACAAACAAUACACGCACAACGAAAAUUUGUAGAACGAUUUAUAAAAAACUUAGAAAUGAAAAUUGUCAAAUUAAAAACUACUGACAAUCUUCUAUUGAAUAGUGGUGAUAUGUUAACAUAUUUAAAACAAAUCCUAUCGGAAGCUAAACAUCAACUACAAUUAAUUCAAAGUCAGCUAAUACCAAUAGCUGAUAAAAUUCAACCAUACAAAUCAAGCAUGAUGAUUCAACAUGAAGUGACAACAACAAUAAACACAAAUGACAACAAUACAAUACAACCACCAUGUCCACCAUCAUCAUUACCAAUCUUUACUUCAACAAGUCGUCAAAUAAAAACUCAAUCAGCGGUAAUAACCACUGCAUGGAAAGAUACUAAUGUAAAAAGAAAUUUGUCAAAAACCGAAGGAAAUGAAAUAAAUAUUGAUAAUAAUAAUAAUAAUAAUAAUUUAAAUCCUCGAAGUAGAUCAUGCAGCCUGUUUGUUCGACAUAAUCGGAAUAAUAAUUAUCAUUACAAUAAUAAUAAUAAUAAUAAUAAUAAUAAUAAUAGUAAUAACGAUAAUAGUAAUAAUAAUAAUAAUAAUAAAUUUCUCCAACUGCCUAAAAUUGUUGAAACGAUAUCGGAAAAGAGUUUUAUUGAUCAUUCCAAUAUGCCUAAUGGUAUAGAGACAUGA